CAGGGUUUCUGUGUUACUAGAUUUGCUGGCUAGAAGAGAUAACGUAGUCCAAAAUUAUAUAAAAUAUGAAAUAUUUUACUCUAAUUUUAGUAAUAUGCUUUGAACUCUCAUCUGAAAAUGGAUUAAGUGAAAAACUGAAUGUACAAAGACAACUAUUUGAUAAAAAAAUUUACAAUUUAUAUACCGAAGUCUACGAAAAACAUGAAAAUCUAUUUGAAGAGUCGCUUCAAAAUAAUGCAGCUUGCAGUUGCACUAAUGGGGAAUGUUUAAAUGAAGGUGGAAAACAAGUUUGCAAAUGUAAACCUGGGUUUGGCAAUUAUACAAGAAGCCUCUGCAAAGCUUGCGAUUGUGGACCAGAUUCAAACUGUACGUGGAUAUCUAAGGGAUUUUUUAAUACAGAAAAAGUAUGUCUUUGCAAAUUAGGAUAUCAUGAAGAGAAAUCAAAGUGCGUUGGUCCAUGCACAAAAAAUCCAUGCAUGAACGGAGGUAUUUGCAAAGAUGUGGAAAAUGGAUACGAAUGUAUAUGUCCCUCGAAAUUCACAGGAGAUAAUUGUAAGGAUAAAGUCACACCAUGCAGCAACCCUUGCAAGAAUGGAGGAAAUUGCGCAAUCAAUGGAGAGAGUUUCACUUGCAAAUGUAUAGAACCAUAUAGUGGCCGGACAUGUGAGAUAAGUCCUUGUUCAUCGAGUCCUUGUCAAAAUGGCGGAAAAUGCAGUGUGGAUGAGCAAAGUUUCAGUUGCUCCUGUAAACCGCCGUUCAGUGGAAAUUUGUGCGAAAUAGGACCGUGCUCAUCGAAUCCGUGUCAAAACGGAGGAACGUGUUCCAUGGGCGGGCAAUCUUUCAAAUGUGCAUGCAAGCCUCCAAUUUUAGGGCGAAACUGUGAAUUAGGACCGUGCUCAUCGAAUCCGUGUCAAAACGGAGGAACGUGUUCCAUGGACGGGCAAUCUUUCAAAUGUGCAUGCAAGCCUCCAUUCUUAGGGCGAAACUGUGAAUUAGGACCGUGCUCAUCGAAUCCGUGUCAAAACGGAGGAACGUGUUCCAUGGAUGGGCAGUCUUUCAAAUGUGCAUGCAAGCCUCCAUUCUUAGGGCGAAACUGUGAAUUAGGUCCAUGUUCAUCCAAUCCUUGCCAGAAUUUAGGAAAAUGUUCAGCAGAUGGACUGAGUUUCAAAUGUGAAUGCCGAAAGCCUUACGAAGGAAAAAUCUGUGAAAUGAGUCCUUGCUCUUCAAAUCCUUGCCAAAACAACGGGGCGUGUAAAGUAAAUAGUCGGGGCUUCGAAUGUGUAUGUAGGAAGCCUUAUACAGGAAUUUUAUGUCAAGAGGGACCCUGUUCCUCAAAUCCCUGUCAUAACAGCGGCGUCUGCCAGGUAGAGGGGCUAAAAUACAAAUGUCAGUGUAAACAGCCAUUCAGUGGUCUAAACUGCGAAAUGGGACCUUGCUCAUCCAAUCCCUGCUCGAAUAAGGGGAAGUGUAAAGUGGUUGGAAUGGAUUUCAAGUGUGAUUGCCCCCCUCCAUAUGAAGGAAAGCAAUGUGAAAAAGAUCCUUGUACAUCAAAUCCAUGCAUGAAUAACGGCAGCUGUACAGUCAAAGGAAACAGUUUUAUAUGUGCAUGCAAGAGUCCUUUCUCUGGAGAUAGGUGUGAAAAGGAUCCAUGUUCAUCUAGUCCUUGUCGUAAUGGUGGUAGGUGUACAAUUAAAGGGAAUUCCUUCUCCUGCGACUGUCCCGAAAAUCACGUAGGAAACAUAUGUCAACAUGUGUGUGAUUGUAAAAAUGGAAAAUGUCGAGUAACAUCUGACGACGAAGUGCUUUGUGAAUGUCUUCCGGAAUACGGUAAAAAGUUAGAUGUCUGCGAAGCUUGUAACUGUGGUACUGGAGCUAACUGCACUUGGGAAGGCGGAUUUUUAGGUUUUAGGGAAGAAAAGUACUGCCUGUGCCCCGAUGGUUCCAAAUUAAAAGAACAACACUGUGAAGAUCCAUGCAACAGCAGUCCUUGUUUACAUGAAGGAAAAUGUAAAGUCAUUGGAAAAAUUUUCAAAUGCGUAUGCAAACCACCUUACACGGGACCAAUUUGCAAAGAUGAUAUUUGCACGGAGAAUCCAUGCCUGAACGGUGGAACCUGCAAGAUCAACGGAACGUCAUUCCAAUGCAAGUGCAAAACUCCCUAUUCUGGGAAACUGUGCGAGAAAGACCCUUGCACAAAUAAUCCGUGUGUGAAUGGUGGCAAAUGUAGACUGGAGGGUAACUCUUUCAAAUGUAAUUGCACCAGGCCGUAUUUUGGAGAUAAAUGCGAGAAAGAUUCAUGCACUGAAAAUCCUUGUGAGAAUGGAGGCAAGUGUAGACUGGAGGGUAACUCUUUCAAGUGCAACUGCACCAAGCCAUAUUUUGGAGAUAAAUGCGAGAAAGAUCCAUGCACAAUUAAUCCUUGUGUGAAUGGCGGCAAAUGUAGACUGCUGGGUAAUUCUUUCAAGUGCGAUUGCACUAAACCAUAUUUUGGAGACAAAUGCGAGAAAGAUCCAUGCACUGAAAAUCCUUGUGAGAACGGAGGAAAGUGUAGAUUACAGGGUAACUCUUUCAAGUGCGACUGUACUAAGCCAUAUUUUGGGGAUAAAUGCGAGAAAGAUCCAUGCACAAAUAAUCCUUGUGCGAAUGGCGGCAAGUGUAGACUGCAGGGUAAUUCUUUCAAGUGCGACUGCAUGAAGCCCUAUUUUGGCGAUAAAUGCGAGAAAGAUCCAUGCACAAUUAAUCCUUGUGCGAAUGGCGGCAAAUGUAGACUGCUGGGUAAUUCUUUCAAGUGCAAUUGCAUUAAAUCAUAUUUUGGAGACAAAUGCGAGAAAGAUCCAUGCACUGAAAAUCCUUGUGAGAACGGGGGGAAGUGUAGACUGGAGGGUAACUCUUUCAAGUGCAACUGCACCAAGCCAUAUUUUGGAGAUAAAUGCGAGAAAGAUCCAUGCACAAUUAAUCCUUGUGUGAAUGGCGGCAAAUGUAAACUGCUGGGUAAUUCUUUCAAGUGCGAUUGCACUAAACCAUAUUUUGGAGACAAAUGCGAGAAAGGUUAGUUGAUUCAUGUCAAUUAUUCUGAUAAAUAAUAAGAAAGCUUUAUUUUUGUUUAUGAAUUAUUAUUAUAAUGCUCCUCUUUCAACUCAAAGAUCCAUGCACUGAAAAUCCUUGUGAGAACGGAGGAAAGUGUAGAUUACAGGGUAACUCUUUCAAGUGCGACUGUACUAAGCCAUAUUUUGGGGAUAAAUGCGAGAAUGGUUAAUUGAUUAAUUUGUUAAGUAAUUAUUCUGAUAAAUAAUAAGAAGGCUUUUUUUUUGUCUAUUAUUAAUUAUUACAAUACUCGUCUCUCUAAUGACAGAUCCAUGCACAAUUAAUCCUUGUGUGAAUGGCGGCAAAUGUAGACUGCUGGGUAAUUCUUUCAAGUGCGAUUGCACUAAACCAUAUUUUGGAGACAAAUGCGAGAAAGGUUAGUUGAUUCAUGUCAAUUAUUCUGAUAAAUAAUAAGAAAGCUUUAUUUUUGUUUAUGAAUUAUUAUUAUAAUGCUCAUCUUUCAACUCAAAGAUCCAUGCACUGAAAAUCCUUGUGAGAACGGAGGAAAGUGUAGAUUACAGGGUAACUCUUUCAAGUGCGACUGUACUAAGCCAUAUUUUGGGGAUAAAUGCGAGAAUGGUUAAUUGAUUAAUUUGUUAAGUAAUUAUUCUGAUAAAUAAUAAGAAGGCUUUAUUUUUGUCUAUUAUUAAUUAUUACAAUACUCGUGUCUCUAA